GUCGACGUCACUUCCGGGCCGCGGCGGCCAAGAUGGCGACCGCGGGGGCCGGCCGUUGCCGGGAGAACCGCGCAGGUUUUGUGUAAUCACAAGAGCUGCUUCCUAUUUCACUUCUCGGAGCACGUCAGGAUUCCAGAAUGAAUCAGGUGAGUUAAAAUUGCCCUUUGUUGACAACUUGUAAUGCCAGAACCCAACCGGACCUUCAGGAACAGUUGAGACUUUGGCCGAUGUCCCCCAGCACAUCCUCCAAGGGCUCCCGGAGGAAGUGAGGCUCCUCCCGUCCACUGUGGACAAGGCCCGGCUUGGUGGGUGUCUGGGCCACAAAGCCCAUUUUCAGAGGCAGGAAGUUUGGCCCCUUCGUUGGCGACAAGAAGAAAAGGUCCCAAGUCAAAAGCAAUGUGUACAUGUGGGAGGUCUACUACCCAAACUUGGGGUGGAUGUGUGUGGACGCCACGGACCCUGCGAAGGGGAACUGGUUGCGUUAUGUGAACUGGGCGCGUUCAGGAAAGGAGCAGAAUCUUUUCCCCUUAGAAAUCAAUCGGACCAUUUACUACAAAACAUUAAAGCCAAUUGAGCCCGGGGAUGAGCUCCUGGUCUGGUACAAUGGGGAGGAGAACCCGGAGAUAGCUGCUGCCCUGGAGGAAGAGAGGGCCAGCCACCACCGCAGCAAGAGGAACUCCCCCAAGGCCAAGAAAGCAAAGAAAAAGGCCCAGGAGGCUAAGAACAGAGGGAAGAAAGCCAGGGACAGGAAGCAGAAGCCUCCCCUGGAGGGUCUCAGCCCUUUCGACAUGAGGGAGACCAAGGAAGGCCAGAAGCCGGAGGAUGAAGCCCCAACGGUUUCCGUGGUGUUGCCCCUUGACCAGGCCGCCAUCAUCCAGGAGAUGGUGAAUCAGGACGUGCUCCCCAGCCUGCUCAUCUCCAGUGCAGCCUCCGAGUUGCCCACCACGCAUGAGGACCAGCCGGAAGCCCUCCUGUGUGGAUCAAAGGUUUUGGAAGAGGAUCCGGAGCGGCGGGAGGAGCGGGACGAGGAAGAAGAGCAGGAGCCCCUGGAGGAAGCGGGAGAGGAAGAAGACGAGGAAGAGCCUCAGGAGGAGGAAGAGGAGGACGAGGAGAGCUUGUCGAAAGACCAUCCAGACGUGGAAUCGGGAUCGGGAUGUGGGGACCGGCUGGUGGAAUCUGUGGAGGAGCAGAGCAGCCUCUCCGAGGACUCCCCCGAAAGCUCCCCCAAGAAGAAGCCCUCAGGGAAAUAUCCCAAGGCCAGAGGGGAGCCCAGCACCCAGGGGGGGGCGCCCAUGUUUCCCUGCCAACACUGCGAAAGGAAGUUCACCACCAAGCAGGGCCUGGAGCGCCACGUACAUAUCCACAUUUCAGCCAUCAGCCACGCCUUCAAGUGCCGCUACUGUGGCAAGGCCUUCGGCACGCAGAUCAACCGUCGGCGUCAUGAACGGCGCCAUGAGGCCGGGCCCAAACGGAAGCUGCUCUCGCCCUUGGCCUCUGCCCAGCUGCCCGGGGCCAGCACCCUGGUUGCCGAAGGGGGUGUCCCGAAUGAAGCCAAGGCCAGGCAGGAGGGCCCUGCCCCGGAGGCCGAGGGAGCCGCUUCCAAAACACCGCCUUUGGAGGAGAGCAAGGAGCCCAAGGAAUCGCACCCGUGCCAGUACUGCAGGAAGGUUUUCGGCACCCACACCAACAUGCGUAGGCACCAGCGGAGGGUCCACGAGCGGCACCUCAUCCCCAAAGGGGUCAGGAGAAAACCGGAGGAGCCCCAGGCUUCUGUGGGCCCGGCCCAGCACGCCCCCAGCACAUACCUGGCCAGCACAGACCUGGAGGAGGAGGAGGAGGAGGAGGAGGGAGAGGCUGACGACGUCAUGGACGUCUCCAGCAACAUCUCGGAGAAUCUCAACUACUACAUCGACGGCAAGAUCCCGUCCAAUAGCAGCACCAGCAACUGCGAGGUGAUUGAGAUGGAGCCUGGCGCCACUGAGGUCUUCGGCAUCAACUGCCUGCUGAAUCCCGUGACGGUGGAGAUCUCCCCCAACAUCAAGGCGGUGCCGGUGCAUCUGGUGGAGGAGUCGAAGGAGUCCCCUGUGGGCGGGACCCCCGAGGCCAAAAAGAGGAGAACAGCGAGCCCCCCGCUGCUGGCCAAGGUGAAGACGGAAACGGAUCCGGAGCCCAUCACCUCGCUGUGUUCUUUGACCAUUCCCCUCACCAUCUCGACCGUGGAGAGCCUGCCCUUCCCCAGAGAGAAAAGCCUCUAUUUAUCCUCCAAGCUGAAGCAGCUCCUUCAGACGCAGGAGAACAGUAAGGUGGCCCCCUCUCCCCCGUUGCCGGUGGGGGAGAUCCCAAAGCUGGGGCUCCCCGCGGCCUCCUCCCCUCUCCUCCCGGCCAGCUCCAGCAGGUUCAAGCGGCGUACCAGCUCCCCGCAGCACAGUCCGGGCCUUCGGGAGCCUGGGAAAGCUGGUGAGGGCAAGGCCACUUGGACCGAGGUGGCCCUGAGUGCGAAGCCUCCCAAGCUGGAGAGACGGAGCAACUCCCCCGCGUGGAGCCUGUCCGGGAGGGAGGAGAGGGAGGCGCCGAAUCCAGAGGAAUACAAGGCCUCCAGGGAGUGGGCGCCAAGCCCCCCCUUUGGCAACGUCUGCAACCAGCAGCCCUUGGACCUCUCCAGCAGCGUGAAGCAGCGGUCGAGCGGGAAGAACCGGGCCCAGGCGCCCUGGGAGUCCGUGCUCGAUCUCAGCGUGCACAAGAAGCCGUGCGGCGAUGGAGAGGGCAAGGAGGCGGCUCCGCCAGCAGGGGGCGCCGUCAAGAAGAAGCCCACCACCUCCAUGUUGCAGAAGGUCCUGCUCAACGAAUACAACGGGACGGGCCUGGGGCCUGAAACCCCCCUCUCCCCAGGCACGAGCCCAAGGCCGAAUGCCUGCAAAGUAGUCGAAGCCCCAGAGCCUCAGCAGGGCCCGGCUCCCUCAGCCCCAGGAGCAGAGUUGGGCUGCUGUGGCCCCACCACCACUGAGGUGUCUUUGCCGCCCCCCUCGACUUCCCCGGCCCCAUCGGCCUCUCCCUCCCAUCCUCCCUGUCCUCCCAUGCUCCAGGCCCCCACGCCUCCCCCUCCUCUCCUUCCCACUAUCCCUUCGCCCCUCCCGGAAGACCCCGGCAGCAGUAACCCCCCGAGCUCCUGCCCCUCUCCCCUGUCCAAUGCCACGGCUCACUCCCCAUUGCCCAUACUUUCCCCCACUGUCUCGGCCUCCCCUCUUCAUUCUGUAGAGCCUCUCGGCUGCGCUUCACCCGGGCCCCCCACUCUCUCUUCGUCCUCCCCCUCCUCUUCCUCCUCCCCCUCCUCCUCUUUCUCUUCCUCUUCUGCAUCACCGUCCUCCUCCCCUUCCCCGCCUCCCCUCUCAGUGGCCUCUUCCAUCUUCUCUCCUGGCGACCAGCUGGAGAAUUCAGCCCCCCUGGUGACUUUCAAGCAAGAAGAGGGAGAGGCCGAGGGUCAGAGGCCGAGGGAGGACCCCCACCCGUCCAGUGCGGCAGAGGCCCUCCAGGAAACCUUCAGCAAGAGCUUUGUGUGCAACGUCUGCCAGGCCCCCUUCCUCGCCAUCAAGGACCUCACCCGGCACCUGUCCGUUCACGCCACGGAGUGGCCCCUCAAGUGCGAGUUCUGCGUCCAGCUCUUCAGGGAGAAGGCGGCCUUGUCGGAGCACCGGUUUCUGCUCCACGGGGUGGGCAGCAUCUUCGCCUGCUCCGUCUGCAAGAAGGAAUUUGCUUUUCUGUGCAACCUGCAGCAGCACCAGCGAGACCUGCACCCCGACAAAGAAUGCGGCCACCAGCAGUUUGAGAGCGGGACUCUGCGCCUGCAGAACUUCACCGACCCCAGCAAAGCCAGCGCGGAGCAGAUGCAGAGCCUGCCCAGCGCGGCCCCCCUGCUGCAGCCCUCCAAGGAGGAGGAGGAGGAGGAGCUGAACGACUCCUCCGAAGAGCUCUACACCACCAUCAAAAUCAUGGCCUCCGGGGUCAAGCAGAAGGACCCUGACGUCCGCAUGGGCCUCAACCAGCACUACCCCAGCUUCAAGCCACCCCCGUUCCAGUACCACCACCGGAACCCCAACGGCAUUGGGGCCACGGCCACCAACUUCACCACCCACAACAUCCCCCAGACCUUCUCCACCGCCAUCCGCUGCACCAAGUGCGGGAAGAGCGUGGACAACAUGCCCGAGCUGCACAAGCACAUCUUGGCGUGCGCCUCUGCCAGCGACAAGAAGCGGUACACGCCAAAAAAGAACCCCGUGCCCCUGAAGCAGGCUGUCCGCCCUAAAAACGGGGUGGUUCUGCCCGGCCCAGCCGGCAACGCCUUCCGCCGUGUAGGCCAGCCGAAGAAGCUGGAGUUCGGCGUGGAGGCCAGCCGGGCGGCCUCCAACAAGCUGAAGCUGAGCGCCCUGAAGAAGAAGCGGCAGCUGGUGCAGAAGGCCAUCCUGCAGAAGAAGAGGUCCCAGCAGCAGCAGCAGCAGCAGCGGGCAGAGCUCAGGACUGGCAGCGCGGAGCCCAGCGCCCACGUCUGCCCGUACUGCAGCCGGGAGUUCACCUACAUCGGCAGCCUGAACAAGCACGCCUCCUACAGCUGCCCCAAGAAGCCCCCUUCCUCCUCCUCCUCCUCCAAGAAGAAGAAGAAGAAGGAGGCCAAGAAGAAGGCGGGGGGGUCUUCUCCUGGCAGCGGCAAGAGCGCUGUCAACCCUCGGCGACGAACGGCCGACGCCGAGAUCAAAAUGCAGGGCUCUGCCACUCAGCUGGGCAAGACUCGUGCCCGCACCUCAGGGCCCACGGCCGCCCAGCUGCCCUCGGCCUCUUUCAAACUGAAGCAGGGCGUCAAGUUCCCCAAAAAGGGCCCCCCUCCCCCGCCCGCCUCCAGAAGCGUGGGCCCGGUGAGAGUGGGCAAGGCGGCCCCGCCAGAGGGGAAGCGCAGCAAGGCGGCCGCCAAGAGUGGGGGGGGCCCACCUGGAUUGGUGGGCAAGGCCUCACGCAAGCUGCACAUCCGCAUCCAGCGGGGCAAGGCAGCCCUGGCCGGCCAGAGGAAGGCCGCCGACCGGUUCAGUGCCAAGUCACGGGAGAGGGUGGGAGGCCCCGUCACCCGGAGCCUGCAGCAGCAGCAGGCCAGCUCGGUGGAGGCCACAGAGGCCGGAAGGGAGGAGAGCAGCGCCCGGGCGGAGCUGAAGGACUCCAGGAGCCUCCCCUGAGGGGACCCCCGCAGCCCAACCCUCCAAGCGUCUGCAGGAGAUUUUCCCGUUCAGGGGCUCGGCCCGCCUGACGUCCGGCACAGCAGCAGCAGGAGGCGGAGGAGGCGGACAGCGGAGGCUCCACCCUCCCACCAGGCAGAGCCAAGGAUGCAGCGGGCAGUUGCCGGCUUCGGCUGCGCCCCACCCCCACCCCCCAGCUAAGCCGGGCGAUUCUUAGCCGCAGGGACAAGACCCUCCCUCGGAAGGCGGCUGCCCCUCUCCUGCCCUGGCAGCCCUGCCUGGGUUUUUGCAAAGGACUCCGAGGUCACAUUCCUGGGGAGCAAACGCCACCUUUGGACUUCUCACUUGGGCUUUCACCUGGCGCACUAAGGAGGGAAGCCGAUGAAAGACUCAGACCGGGAAGGGGGGGGGGCUUGUGCCAAACGUGCUGGGAGCAACGCCCGUCCGAAGGCCCUGGGGCGAGCGUAUCAGGGAUGGCAAAGGGUUCGCAUGACACCCAAAACGGGUGGGCGAAGGCCUCGGUGUCAGGCCGGCUGGUAGGAAAGGACCACCGGGGCCUCCCGUCUCCUCAGCCUCCCCACCGCCUCUUCCCUGCUGGCUCUGCUCCCGGCCGCUGCUUUUCGCUCCUUGGGCGGGGGGGGGGGAGCAGGAGGGACGCUGGUGGGCGAAGCGUUUCCCUGUCCAGAUUCCCUUGGGCUGGAUGAGAGACUUUGGGGUUUGGUGGUGGAUGACCAGCUCCCCGCAGAAGACGGUGCAGCCCCCAGGAGAGGCCGUCCAUCUGGGGGAGGGGGGAUGGCAGCAGAGUGGGCAAGAGCCCCUUCCUUUCCCCUCCUUGUAAAGCAGAACUGAAUCUCUUCCCCCCCCCCUUUAUUAUUAUUAUUAUUAUUAUUUCUGGAGAGGCGGUUUCCCCCCCCACCCUUGCCUGCGUUUCUUUCCCUUUGGGUGAAGAGCAGUUGCUUCCUUUGAGUUUGCUCCCCCCCACCCCACCCCCCCACUUCUGAAAGUUCUUUGUCCUUGACGUAAAAAUGGAAAGCGAUCUACCUCUUAAAAUCUGAAGUUCUGAUACUGGUUUGGCGACUUCCUGCCACUUGAACCACCUCUCGCUAUCAUUCCCUUCUGUCUUUCGGUUGCGUCUCUUCUUCCGGUCCACGGGGGACACCCACCACCCCCAACAGUUGUACAAAGCAUUCGUAGCAAGUUUGGAAAGCGGGGCGGGGGGGGAAAUAAAAUAUUUAAAAUUA